AUGGCCCAAAAACCAACUGAAAACAGAUUGUGGGGAGGUAGAUUUACUGGUAAGUCCGAUCCCUUGAUGGACUUGUACAAUGCUUCCUUGCCUUAUGAUAAGAUAAUGUAUGAAGCCGAUUUGACUGGUACCAAGGUUUACACCCAGGGCUUAAAUAAGCUUGGUUUGAUCAACGAUGAAGAGCUCGCUGAGAUCCAUCGCGGUUUGGAAGAGAUCAAGAAAGAAUGGGCUUCCGACUCCUUUGUUGAAAAGCCAGGAGAUGAAGACAUACAUACUGCUAACGAAAGAAGAUUGGGAGAAAUAAUAGGUAAACAUAUUGCUGGAAAGGUCCAUACUGGUAGGUCUAGAAACGACCAGGUGGCUACAGACAUGAGAAUCUACGUCCGUGAGAACUUGACCAAGUUGUUGGAACUUGUAGCCAACUUUGUCACCACCAUCUUGAAGAGAGCUGAACAGGAAAUCGAUGUCUUGAUGCCAGGUUACACUCACUUGCAGAGAGCUCAGCCUAUCAGAUGGUCUCAUUGGUUAUCCAUGUAUGCCACCUACUUCACCGAGGACUACAAGAGAUUGAAACAGAUCUUGGAAAGAGUCAACCAAUCUCCUCUAGGAUCUGGUGCCUUGGCUGGUCAUCCAUAUGGUAUCGACAGAGAGUUCUUAGCUGAAGGUUUGGGCUUUGAAGCCCCUAUUGGUAACUCUUUGGCAGCUGUUUCUGAUCGUGACUUUGUUGUCGAAACCUUGUUCUGGUCCACUUUGUUUAUGAACCAUAUCUCUCGUUUUUCGGAGGAUUUGAUCAUCUACUCUACGGCUGAGUUUGGCUUCGUUCAAUUGGCCGAUGCCUAUUCUACCGGUUCAUCUUUGAUGCCUCAGAAGAAAAACCCAGACUCCUUGGAAUUGUUAAGAGGAAAGUCUGGUCGUGUCUACGGUUCCUUGUCUGGUUUCUUGAUGUCUAUCAAAUCUAUUCCAUCUACCUAUAACAAGGAUAUGCAAGAAGACAAAGAGCCAUUAUUCGAUGCUCUCACUACUGUUGAGCACUCUGUAUUGAUUGCUACCGGUGUCAUCUCCACCUUGGCCAUCAAUAAAGAAAAGAUGGAAGGUGCCUUGACCAUGGAUAUGUUGGCUACCGACUUAGCUGACUACUUGGUCAGAAAAGGUGUUCCAUUCAGAGAAACCCAUCACAUCUCUGGUGAAUGUGUCAAGACCGCUGAAGACCUCAAGGUUUCUGGUAUUGACAAGUUGACGUUGGAACAGUUCCAAAAAAUCGAUGCCAGAUUUGGUGAAGACGUCAAAGAUGUAUUUGACUUCGAAGUCAGUGUUGAAAGAAGAGAUGCCACUGGUGGUACUGCCAAGUCUGCUGUUCUCAAGCAGUUGGCCAAUUUAGCCAGCAAAUUACAAUAG